GUUUUUGUCGCCCCGUUUUGGCUGGCCUGUGACACAGCUAAAGGUGUCCCCGAAAAUGUCCCUGAUUUUAGCGUUUCAUGAGAAAAAAAUAUUGCUUUUAUACGAGAGUAGCGGCUAUUACGGUAACCAGAUAGGAAGCGCCAGUGAGCACGUUGCGCGCAGACCACAAAAACCGUUAACACGGUAUCAGGUUUAAAUACGAAUAAGUGUUUCAAAAUGAAUGAAACCGUAAUUCACUGUCACUGUUUCUUCAUUUCAUCUUGACAACAUGUAAUUAUUUAUCUCAUAACAUUUAAUUCUAUUACGACCAGUGACCUUUUCCUGCCACACUGAACUGUAUCCGGUACAGACAGACCGUGUCGUCACGACAACGCGUUACCAUGGAAACAAACAUAAACGAUAACUAACGUAAGCUAACAGGGUUGACUGUUUAGUGGUAUUUAGCCGAUAAGACAAAAAAGAAAAAAAAAGAAAGAAGACUCAAAGGAAGUAGAGAUUAUUACAGCUUUUACUGCUGCUGAUUUGGUGUAUUGUUAGUGACGUCCAUGGAAUCUAUGGUGGUGACAGCAACUCAAAUGGAAGGUGGAGAUGCCCAACGAACGCAACAAACCCUGGGGAAUGACAAAGGAGAGGAAGACUCAUCUCAGGAGAAAAAUGAAAAGCAGUCAGGGCCACGAAUGACCAAGAAAUUCCUCAAAGACCACUGUAAGCAGAACAAAUUGUACUCCACGCCUUGCCUGAACGACACAUUAUAUUUGCAUUUCAAAGGUUUCUCCACCAUUGAGAAUUUAGAGGAGUACACAGGACUGAAGUGUCUCUGGCUGGAAAGCAAUGGGCUUCAGCGCAUCAACAACCUGGAUGCCCAGACUGAUCUGCGCUGCUUGUUCCUUCAGCAGAACCUCAUAUACAAGCUGGAAAACCUCGAACCUCUGAAAAAGCUCUGCACCCUGAACGUCUCCAACAACUACAUCCAAACCAUAGAGAACAUUUCUUGCCUUCCUGACCUGAGCACUCUGCAGAUUGCCCAUAACAAGCUGGAAACUGUGGGGGACAUAGAGCAUUUGAGUCAGUGUCAGGCCAUCAGUGUGUUGGACAUGUCCCACAACCUGCUGCAUGAGCCUGAGGUUCUCUCUGUGCUCGAGGUCCUGCCUGAUCUGCGAGUUCUGAACCUGAUGGGGAAUGAGGUGGUGAGAAAGAUCCCAAACUACAGAAAGACCAUGAUUGUGCGUCUCAAGCAGCUCACCUUCCUAGAUGACCGCCCCGUGUUCCCCAAAGACAGGGCAUGUGCCGAGGCAUGGGAAGCGGGAGGCCUGGAAGGGGAGCGUAAGGAAAGGGAGCAGUGGGAGACACGAGAACGGAGAAAAAUCCAGGACAGCCUAGAAGGGAUGGCGAUGAUUCGCAAAAAGGCCCUAGAGAGACGACGCCUACGAGAGCUACAGGAGAAAGGGGAAACAGAAGCUCCUACUACUCCAGACAGUCCCUGUGAGGAAAGCACCCAGAUGUCAACUCCUUUACAAGGAGAGAAGAUCCGUACCUUUGUAGAGGACACAUUGGAUGCUCAUGAAGAGUUCUUGCAGAGUCAGUCAGAACAGGAACUCAGCCAACAACCAAACAGUAACCAUUUAGAAGAACAGCCAGUUGAAGUGGUACAGGGAGAGCAGUCAGAGAGAGAUGACCAGGACCAAUCACAGAACUCUGUGAGGAAUGUAAGUUUGAAUCCAGAGCAUCCAUUACAAGAGCAAGAAACUAUAGUAGGCAAGAAAGUAGACAGUAAUGAACAACAACAAAGCCACCCAGGUGAAAUUAAGUUCACAAAAAGUGAAGCAGAGAGCAAGCACAGUGUAAGCAAACAAGCCCCUCUUCCUGAAGUGAAUGACAUUGUAGAAACCCAUGGUCCUGGGCCUCUGGUUACAGAACUAGAGGAGGCAGAGCAGCUGGAAACCAUCCGACUCACACCAAGUUGCUCACUGCAUAUCGACGACCUACCUGAUCUGGAGGAUGUGGACGUGGAAGAAUAUGCCGAAAUGUUCCCCUCCAAGCAGGCGUUCAAACCAAAAAUAGAAGUCAUAUCUGGAGGCAGUGAUGACGAUGAAGAAGCAUGGAACCAGAGCAAAAGCAUCUCCACCUUCAGCCCGCAUAAUAAGUCACUGUUCUUAUUGAGUGAUGGCAAGAAGUCAACUGGGCCCUCUAUCAGUUCUUCAUCACUGGUGUAUCCAGAAGAUGUGGAGGUCUCUUACCAGUCCAAUCUAAAUCAAACCUCCUCUCCACCUCGCUGUCUGAUUGAGGAGCUGGAAUGAUGCUUUCAGAACUGAGUCUGACAAGUGGCAGCUUUAAAUAAAAUCACCUAAAGGUCUGACUGGGAGAGGCCAUGAGGGGUAAAUCAAUUAAAAAUCUAUAUUAGCUGUUUAAAAUAGUGAAAGGUAAUUAAUUGCCUAGCAUUGUUGUUAAAGAAUUCCCAGGUAUGUUUUUAUGUUGUACAUGUUAUGAAAACAAUAAAUUCUGAAUUGACUUGG